UGUGUUAUUUUCACUAGUGAAAAUAUCAGUUUUACGAAGGAGAAAAUAUAGGUAUUUCAUAGAUAAUUAUAUGAUAAUGGUAUUUAUGCACGUCUAUUAUGGACUUUCGAGAAUGUUCCAUGUUCAGAAACUGAAUAUAUAUAUCGACACAACCUUUUCAAAAUCGACUGUAGUUUUGGAACCAAGUCGUAUUUGCUAUAUUUGAAAUUUUGGCUUACCGGUAAACGAUUAAAAUGAAGUAAAUAUAAUCAAUUCAAGAGAAAUGAAUAUGGAAAACAAUUCCAGAAUUCACGUAAAAACAAAACAAAAGCACAUUGUAUUUACUUAAAAAAAACUUUACUUUGAUAUCAUUGAAGUUGGCGUUCUAAUGAAUAUAUCAUUGGCCGGGCAAUUUUCAUUUUACAUGUUUUUCACCCAUUAUCACCUAAAAAGCGUUACGUGAAAUUGCUCUAAAUGGUUAAUAAUUAAUUUUGAUUAAUUAUUAAAAUAAUUUCAUGGUUUUAAUGUGUGCGCAUUAUGCUCUCUAAUUGCUUUGUUUUCUUUUGUGUCUGUCAGUCCCCACUUUGUAUCGAUUUUUGCUUAAAAGAUCGGUUAACACUGUAGUUGCUGAAAUCUUUGUGAUGCUACAGAAUAAUGCUUUUUAAGAAUUAACUUGUAAACUUUUAUUCAGUACACUGAGAUAAGCGAACUAAAUGUCUCCUCAGAAAGAUAAGACAAAAUCUGUUAUAUUUGAAAAUUAACGAAAUAAUCCAAUGUGUGAGCCGGUCGUAAUGGACUGAUUUUGUUUCGCAUGUUAUGACUAAAUAAUAGAAAACCUCAUAAAAGUAACAUAAUUAUAUUACCACAGGUAAUCGAAAGUAAUUUUGGUUUAAAAAAUGUUCUUUUAAUAUUUUUUUAAUUUAUUUUGUUAUUUUGUCACUGCUUUACUAGUUAUUUAUGCGUAUGCCACUAAGUAAACUGAUUUCGGUCACUAACACUAACACGGUAAAUAACAUUUUUAUUUUAUUUAUUUUUCUGUUUUAUUUUUUAUUUUUUGCAACUUUUCUUGAAACCUAGCAACAGGAUACCUCGGACCGGGCAGAUCGUGAAAUACCGGACCGUGCGCUAGCCAAUCACAGCGCACGAAUGACUAGGAUACCGGACCGAAAAAAAUAACGGUUUUCCGACUGAAUCAAAAACCCACGAGGUAUGCGAGGUAUAUUUAGUGCUUUGUUAAGGGAGUGGACUUUCCGUUGUUAGUCACAUGACUUCAUUUUAAGCAGUUAUGUCGUCAUUUUUAUUGUCAAUUAACCCGGAAAUAAAAAAGGUUUAGGGCGAGUAAAUUGCAGUCGGAUUGAAAAGCGUGAUUUUUCUCUGAAGCUUGCUGUGUGGACAACCGCUGAUCGAUAAACGUGAUAAGUCUUGAUGGAUUUUUUGGUCUGCCUAGGAGUUUCUAUGUGUUGUUUAUAGAACGAGAGUGCGUGUUUUAUCGGGAUAUAUAAAAUCCUAAAACAUACAUAACAAUCAUUAUAAAGUUUUGAUUAUCAAAAAGUCAUAAGAUUUUGAAUGACGUCUAAAAAUACUAAUUCAUAUAGGUUUCUGCUUGAUUGCCAAACUCGUAUUUGUUUUAUAGAGGCAUUGAUUAGAUAAAAAAAUCAAUUUAAUUUCAAAGAUAACACACGUAUGUGUAAAGCACCGCUUAGAACAGAAUAUGUCAGGAAAGUUUAUUCAAACAGGGAUUAAGGGCGUAUGGAGACGUCAUUUCCUUGGAUAGGAACGGCUUUGCUUGCUUAACAAAAGAAAUAGACCAAAGAAAGAUUUUUCAAUUGAUAAGAAAAUCAAAUAUAACACGAAAUAUAUCUUCRACUCAUAUCCUCUUCAAGAGAUUACUAGCGAAACUAGUGAACGACAAACUUAGAGGACUUUCAUUUUGGUGACGAGGAACCUGACAUAGAAKCUUGCCAAGAACGAAAAUAAUUAUUACAUCUCGUAUCAUCCGAAAGGGAUUACAAGUAACAAUAUUGAGCAAGAAGAGUAAAGAACUUUUAUUUGUGGUUGAAGGUCAUUGUAAAAGACGACGCUGAACAAUAGUAGCUUGCCAUGGGCCAAAGUAAUUUCUCAGGAGGAUACCGCUUUAAUGAGCUUCAAAGCCGUAGCCAGCGAACUGUAGCCAUCGAAUCAGGCUUCGUUCUGGUCAUUAACCUYGUGGCUUUMGUUGGCAACUCGGUUAUUUGUGUGGUGAUGUUCAGGAACCCUCGUCUUCAUUCGGUCCCUAAUUUCUACAUUCUUUCCCUGGCAAUAGCUGACAUCUUCAUGGCUCUGAUAGUUAUGCCAUUUUCAUUUGGAGUUCUAGUGACAUCUUACUGGCCUUUUGGCGCUGUCAUUUGUACUAUACAAGGCGCCGUAGUGUUGAUCUUGGCUUUCGUGUCGUCGUCCACUGUGGCCCUAAUGGCGGUGAACAGAUAUUUCAGAAUAGUUCGGUCAUCGUCGUAUCGCAAAUUAUUCACGGUCAACAAGGCUACAUUCAUGAUCCUAGCCGUGUGGGGUUUAGUUAUUUUAUUAGUUCUUCUCCCUGUUGUCUUUGGAUGGGCGACGAUUGAAUUCUACCCUAAAAGAGCCAAUUGCUUGGUAAAACCUGCAUCACAGAAUUCCAAUCAGAUUUUCACGGCUUUGCACCUUACCUUAUUCGUUGCUAUACCAAUGGUCGUCAUCAUCGUUUGUUAUUUAAGGAUUUUUAUUAAAGUUCGACGACAUUCGGCCUCUGUCCACCCUUCAUUGCGCUCAUGUGGACAUCAAGGUGUGGCUGAGAUGACCGUAGAAGAAAUCGGCAUUACUCGACUKAUUCUGUCCAUUGUCCUUGGUUUCGUCAUCUGUUGGAUUCCUGUUCUCGUAAUUGAAUUCGUUAAUACAUCGAUGACAUCUCCAGGAACUCUACCACGAUGGGUUUAUAUGUUAUAUAAGUAUCUUUGGUACACCAGUGCAGCCAUAAAUCCUCUACUAUAUGGUGCUUUCAACAGAUCAUUCCGCAAAGCGGCGAGGCAAACAGUUACUAGAAGCGCAAUAAAGASAACAGGAUCUCUUGAACACGCAUUUUGAAAUACACUAUCCUUCAAGACCUGUGAGCGUCGCUUUGGUGGAAGUCUAAAUAAUAGGCGUAUAUCGAAAACAAUCUUAACUUUAUUGUCAAUAUAUUAAUAUCUUAUUAACCGAGCGCGAGRGCCGUACGGGAAGUUAUGGACCUAGUUUUUUUCCACUGACUUAUGGCCAGAGCGCGUAGCAAGCGAGGUUAAUAAGAUAUUAAUUAUAUAGCAUUUUCAGGGAAA